GCAGUCAUUUCAGGAAACCAUAAGAUUACAUUGUCCGGCAAGGUUCAGGUUUCUGACCAACUGUGUCAUUUGUGUACAGAGCUACAGCUACUACUGAAGAUAGUAAUUGUUAAGCUUUCUGGUUUCCCUUUAACUUGUAUCAUUUGAUCUGGUUGCCUUUUUUUUCUUUCUUUUUCUUUUUUUUUAAGAACUUGAGUUGUAGAGAAUUCAUGAUGAAGAGCCUUUUUUUGUCUUUCUUAUUAGGCUCUAAUCUGUUUGUAAACAACUUCUCAGAAGUGCAAGGAAGAAAAUGGAAAGGUGAAGGUACAACACCAAACUUGGAAAGCAUAACCAUUGGAAGGUGUUAUGACUAUAUUAGAGUUGUGAAUCCUGCUGUUGGUGAGAAGAACUGUUCGGAGUUAUGGGAAGCCUUUAGAAAUGCUUUUAUUAACAAGGAUCCUUGCAAUAUUCUACCUCAACACUUCGAAUUAUUUUUCAAGCUGUCACUGCACGCAAUUCCCACUGACAAGUCUCUCUUCUGGGAAAAUAAUCAGCUGCUAGUCAACAGCUUUUCUAACAGAGCUCGUCGCUACAUGGCUCUUGGUGAUACUCUGUUUGGCUUCUUUGGAGAUUUUCUAAACUGGUGUGGGCAGGAAAAUAGCACUGGACUGGACUAUGAAUCCUGCCCUACUGCAGCAGAAUGUGAAAACAAUGCAGUGGAUGCUUUCUGGAGGAUGGCUUCAAUGACUUAUGCACAACACAGUUCUGGGGUGAUACAUGUCUUGUUGAAUGGUUCUGCAGAAGGAGGAGCAUAUCCAGUCAAAGGUUUUUUUGCAGAUUAUGAAAUACCUCAUCUCCAGAGAGACAAGAUCUCACAAAUAGACAUCUGGGUUGUGGAUGAUAUUGAAGGACCAAAUACAGAUUCCUGUGGACAUAAUACUGUACAGAUAUUAGAAGACAGGCUGAAAACCCUUGGUUACAGUGUCACCUGCACUGACAAUUACAAGCCUGUAAUGUUCUUACUCUGCUUGGAUAAUCCUGAUCAUUCCAAGUGUACCCUUUCAUCGUUUUAAUCCAUUUGUCUCAAGGUUUUGUCACUGAGUUGCAUUCCUCAGAUGAGGAAAUCUGGAUACAAAGGCUUUUGGAAACCUUUUUGUCUUCUUCUUUGCAAUUAGGGGAUGAGCAUAUCAUUUCUGCAGUACCACAUACAGUUUGCAGGGCAGCAGCCACGUCUUCCCAUCCAUCCUUGUUAGUACUAAAAUGAACAUAAUCACCAGCAUAUCCUAAGCACCAGUCUCAUACCCUCUUGGAGUAAUUACAAAACAACUCAGCCAUUAUCAUCCUCAGGAAAAGUUUCCUUGCUUCUUUUCUUCCUGAGCUUUCUAUUCCCUCUUAUGUGCAUGGCAAUGCAAUAGGCUUAAUAAACUUUAAAUCUGUGCUAUCCCUGAUCAAGACAGAGCUUCCCAAUCUGCAUGCUAAAUAUUAUUGCCUAUCCCAGAAAUUUAAAUAGCCAAAAUACUUAACACAAAUGAAUACUUACACACUUCCGAAAAUCACUUCUCUGCAAAAAUAACAUCUCCAUUAAAAUUAGCCAUCCUUUCAAAAAGAGCCUCUAAGCAGAUGUUUUAUAAAUUACUUGAUGUUUAUCUUAUAGAUCUGUUUUCUCUGUAUAUGGAUUCCUCCUCUGUGAUGGUCCACUAACUGGCACGGGGACAGUUUAGUCAUUAGUGGUAUCACUAUUAACAGCAUAUAUCCCAGCACAGGAAGGACAUGGACCUGUUAGAGCAGGUCCAGAGGAGGCCAUAAAGAUGAUCAGAGGGCUGGAGUACCUCUCCUAUGAAAAGAGGCUGAGAGAAUUGAGGUUCAGCCUGGAGAAGAGAAGGCUCCAAGAAGACCUCAUUGCAGCCUUCCAGUACUUAAAGGGGGCUUACAAGAAAGAUGGAGAAAGACUUUUUUUACAAGGACAUGUAGUGAUAGGACAAGAGGUAACAGUUUUAAACUAAAAGAGAAGAGAUUUAGGUUAAAUGUUAGAAAGAAAUUCUUCACCAUGAGGGAGCUGAGGCACUGGCACAGGCUGCCUGGAGAAGUGCCCCAACCCUGAAGCUGUUCAAGGCCAGGCUGGAUGGGGCCCUGGCCUGCCUUGUCUAGUGAGUGCUGUUCCUGCCCAUGACAAAGGAGUUGGAACUGGAUGAUCUUUAAGGUCCUUUCCAACCCAAGCCAUUCUAUGGUAUCUGUUAACAAAAGGCUUCCUUUGCAUUUUGUGUACUUGGUGUACACACAUGACAUUUUAAUACUUCAGUAAAAAAUACUGAGAGUAGGCAUGCAGGCUCUGCUGCAUCCCCUUCCAGUAUGGCUGUUUGCUGUUACAAUACUCACACCUCGUUUCUUAUCCUCUGGAGAUUAAUAUCCCUAUCCCAAAGCCAUCAGUUAUUCAAGUGACUUUUUUGUGACCACAGUUCCUGUUAACGUCAGUAUUCCAAAGGAGAGGGCUGGGUCAGGGUAGCAAAGUUGCAAAAUGGCUUAGGAGGUGCUAUUAUCCACUUGGAACUUCUUAAGUGUGAACUUAACACCUGUCCGAAUUUGAACUGUGUUUCUCCUGAGCCAAAAAUCAGCUUUUUGAGCUUUGUUACGCAUUUUGAAGAAAACAUGUAAUUAAGAAAUUACCCACGAGGUGGCAGAGGUGUAUUACAAACAUAAGCAGAAAGGCAGCCCGGUGCCGGCAAUUAGUAGUGAUAUUUAUUACUUGCGUUUUUGCAAUGUCAGUGAGUCUUGGAAAUAGAUCUGGACACUGUACGAAGACUCUAAAAAUAUAGACCUUCAGAAAUACUGCUGUCUAGAAGAGCUCUAUACUGUCUCAACUGUAAGCCAGAGAUGGUACGUGGAUAUGGAGAUAAGAGAAAGUGCAGGUAGUACGGACAAACUAGGUAGAAAGAAGUGUUCCCAGGGCUCUGCACACAGAUAAGUCUGUUUAUAAAAUCAUGACAGCUGAAGGGAACCUGGUGACAAGCACUUACAAAGAAUCUUCUGGGUUAGUACUUGGACUGCAAACUUCACCCUUGGCAACAAACCUCUGGUAUUUAAAAGAAUCCUAGCUCAGCCUUGUGCUGUGAACAUCCUGUUUGUUUUCUUUUCUUUAGAUCUGCACCAGCAGCACAAAGAGGACCUAUAUCUUCAGACAGAGGAGGCAGCUGGAACAAGCUCAUGUUUGUUUCUUUUGUAGGCUUUCUGUUUAGAUCUGUUUUAGUGUACUAAGUGAAGAGACCGAAUCCAAAUCCUCUCUUGACUUGGCUGGCUUUGAUUAAUUUCUAACCACAAUUUCACCCAAGUUCUGGAACUGACAAACAUGCAUGUUAAAGCCCUGCAUACUUCUAUCCAGAUUUCGACUUCUAAUAGUACAAAAAAAUUCUACUGCUGCUACAAAGCCUCACCUGUCUUCUCCUUUUCUUGUACAGAAGAACUCCCUUGCUAUUUCCUAUUAUCCAAAUUCUCUAGAAUGAAACUGAGAAUAAUGCUUUCUCUCUAUUCAUGUAUUUCAGAAAGAAAACCAAAACAAUGCCCAUGAUACAUCUCCCAGACAACUAAAACAAUCCUAGUAUUUUGGCCUUGAAAACUAAGUGCUGGACUGUUGUGUUUUGAGGAGGGGAAAUGGAAGCAGGAAAUAGUAUUUCAAAUGGGAGAACUUAAGAUAACUUACCUGAUAGAAAACAUAAUGGAUGAGAUAGCUGGAAAGAUUAAACUCAUUUUCAUUAAUAGUAUUUGAGCCAAACUUAACUGAAACUAUUAUAUGGAUGUAAUAGUUACAGGACAUGCAAGGCACACAUUCCUACAUGCAUUAUUUUACUCUCAACUGCUUUGUCAUCCACACAGCUGUUCCUCAGCUGGUUAUUUCCUGGCCACAGCAUAACCAGCAAUAUGGUCAGCAUCACCAGGUCUAGAAGGCUCCACAGGUCAUCUGCCAUGAUGUGAGGGAGUAGAUUUAUAGCAUUUCAAAUUCAGACAAGAAUCUACCUGUCUGUGUUCAGAACAUACUGAGAAGAAAGUAGCUGCCAUCUUGAGUUGCCUCUGUGAGUUAUUUAAGUGUUCCAGACAGAUGUUCAUCUGAACAUCCAAGCCAACUACAAGAUGACACAUAAAUCUUCAGGGGGAAAAAAGAAGAAAAGAAAAGAAAAGUUAUUCUGGAAAAUAAUUCAAAUUUUAUUGCACAUUCUCUGUUAGUUCUGUGUUACUUGUGUCUGUAUUAGUUGAUUGCCAGGAAACUGGGAUGGAAUGUUCCUGUUAUCUCAGUGCUUGUGAUUUAGGGCUUUCACAGUAGAUUGCAUCCUUUCAGUCUCUGGUACAAUACAACUGUAUUAGAUUGUAUGUUUGAAAGUUGCAAUAUCUGAAAUACAUGAUUUUUGCUUAUUUGUCUUGUUUCCAUUCCCACAGUAAUCUUUAAAUUGAUUCAACUGCAAAUCCUUUUAUAUAUAACUCCAUAUGGAGUUGCAUUUGCCUGUGACAGGGUUGGAUUAGGGCUCAGGCUCUAAGGAUUUAUGUGUAUUUCAGAAACUUGGAAAAGCACUGACAUUAGGCUAUAAAGUGUGUGAGAGACCCAUGGAAACUUGUCCAAGACCUCUUCCGGUCUAGUAUUUUCCUAACCAAUGACACAAAUACUAUAGUGAUUCAAAGAGUAGCUAAAUACCACUAACAAGUCAGAUGCCUCACAGGCAACUGUCAUCCACAGGCCGACCAUCCCAGCUGGCCAAGUUUUACUCCCAGCCUAUAGAAGCCUUUCAGCCUCUGGGUGCUUCCUAUUUAAGCACUGCAGUCAAGACUGGCAGUUAUGAAUGAUACCAAACACCCUGUAGGAGGUGAUAAAUAAUUCUGUUUUGAAAAACCCACAGAAUACAUGAUAGGAUAGAUAUGAUUCCAUUAACUUGAGCUUAUUUACUGCAUAACUUUAUGUCAAGACCAACAUACUCAGAAGCCUAUUGCACUGUUUUAUCAUUUCUAAUAUUCUUGCACUCUUUCCCAUUACAUCAACUCAGCAGCAAAGACAGAAGUUAUAUUUUUUUUCAAUAUCUUUUAAAUAAAGUGCCUCAAACUUGUUGGAAAAGCUUGGGAACAUCUGUAGAGAUUUUUAGCAAACCAGCACAUAUAGCUGGGAAAAGAAGGCAAAGUUGCACAGGCAUCCUCAGAUCUUAAACACAGCAAAUUUCAAGCUGAGUGUGGAUCUCUUCUUCUAGUUAAAUGUAAUUGUUUUAAUUAAUGUGAAAGAACAGUGUAGCCAGCAUCUCUGAAGCAGCAGGGCAGAAGUGUUAGCAAAUCAAGAAACAAUGAGGUCAUUUGUUACUCCCUGGGGGAGGGAGAGAUGUUAGCAAAAAGUUGCGGGCAAGAAAAUCCCUUAUCUCUCAUCUAUUUCUACAACUACACAGUAGGUGCACAGUGCUUAACACUUGGUAAAUGCUCUGACUAACAACGCCUCAUAUAAAAGCUGUGGCACAUCCUGAGAAAUCAUAAUGUCUGAAUGCCUGCUGAUGCUCAACAGGGUGGUUCAAAUACGGAUUCAAAAUGUUCAGUCAUCCAUACUUUGUACUAGCAGUGCUGGAGAUACAGCUGUCUGAAACUGCAUUUCAAAGGGGAAAACCUUUUAAGGGGUCAAUAUUUCAUAUGAAGACAUCAUAUCUGUCGCUUCAUUUUGAAUCUAGUUUGAUGCCACUAUUUGGAAUAGACCUGUUAAUACUCAACUACUCAUGGCAAAUGACAGUAUCACAUAGCAUGGCAUCACAGGGUGCUUUGCCUUUAUGCAGACAAACCUGUGGAAGCUACUGAUACUAAUUCAGUAUUUCCUAUCAUUGCCUAUUUUUUUGGACCACUUGAAGACUCAGUUAUGUCAAUAUUCUUCAUUACUGCAAGGAAACAAACAUCCCUUCUGUUAAGCUCUUUUGUUUCUGCUGAACGUGUUCCCGCUGUUGUAUCUGACAAAAACAGAACUGUAAUUCAGAAUAAUUCAUUUUAUCAGCAUGUAUGUGCAUGAACACAAAUACAUCUGCUCAUACCUGCUCUACCUGCUCUUAAAUGCAAACUGUUGAGUGCUUUGGAGUAAGAAUUAAUGCAAAUAAAGCAAAGACAACUUUA